AUGAUAUAAUAGAUUAAAAAAUAUAACGAAUUAGAAGAAUUUUAAAAUUCUUCUCUUUUGUCUCACUAGGUUCUCCAUAUUGAUUUUCGUUACAAUAAAAUUGUAUAUGAAGGUGCAUCAGGUUUAUGUUCUGCUUUAGCAAAUUGCAUUAAUCUCUCAAAUUUGACACUUUACCUUAGUGAAAAUUAUAUUGGUGAUGAAGGUGCAUCAGGCUUAGGUUCUGCUUUAGCAAAUUGCAUUAAUCUCUCAAAUUUGACACUUCUUCUUAGUUAGAACUAAAUUGGUAACGAAGGUGUAUCAGGCUUAGGUUCAGGUUUAGCGAAUUGCAUUAAUCUCUCAAAUUUAUCACUUGAUGUUAGUAGCAAUAAAAUUGGUGCAAUUGGAGCAUCAGGCAUAGGUUCUGCUUUAGCAAAUCGUAUUAAUCUCUCGAAUUUGACACUUAAUAUUAGAUGGAAUUAAAUUGGUGAUGAAGGUACAUCAGGCUUAGUUUCUGGUUUAGCAAAUUGCAUUAAUCUCUCAAAUUUAUCACUUAAUGUUAGUGAAAAUAAAAUUGGUGCAAUGGGUACAUCAAGCUUAGGUUUUGCUUUAGCAAAUUGCAUUAAUCUCUCAAAUUUGACACUUAAUUUUGGGAGUAAUAAAAUUGGUGAUGAAGGUGUAUUAGGCUUAAGUUCUGCUUUAGCAAAUUGCAUUAAUCUCUCAAAUUUGACACUUAAACUUAACUGGAAUUAAAUUGGUGCAAUGGGUGCAUCAGGCUUAGGUUCUGCUUUAGCAAAUUGCAUUAAUCUCUCAAAUUUAACACUUGAUCUUGAUGGAAAUUAAAUUGGUGCAAUGGGUGCAUCAGGCUUAGGUUCUGCUUUAGCAAAUUGCAUUAAUCUCUCAAAUUUGACACUUCAUCUUAGGAGCAAUGAAAUUGGUGAUGAAGGUGUAUUAGGCUUAAGUUCUGCUUUAGUAAAUUGCAUUAAUCUCUCAAAUUUGACACUUCAUCUUAUGAGCAAUAAAAUUGGUGAUGAAGGUGUAUUAGGCUUAAGUUCUGCUUUAGCAAAUUGCAUUAAUCUCUCAAAUUUGACACUUGAUCUUGAGGGCAAUACUAAAAUUGGUGAUGAAGGUGCAUCAGGUUUAGGUUUUGCUUUAGCAAAUUGCAUUAAUCUUUCAAAUUUGACACUAUAACUUGAAUGCAAAAGAAUUAGUUUUAAAGAUGCUUUAGGCUUAGGUUCUGCUCUAGCAAAUUGCAUUAAUCUCUCAAAAUUGACACUUAAGUUUCGAUAUAUUAAAUCCAUCAAUAAAUCGUAAAAAUUCUAAAUAUUAAAUAAGUGCAUUAAAUCAAAAAGAUUAGUUGUCUUUAGAAUUUAUUUUUUUUGAUAAACAAGUGGCGAAAAGGAAGAAUAAAAGCUAAAUGUUUAAAUAAUAGAAUAUUUUAUGUUUUAUUAAAAUAUAGAAAGAUAGAUUAUUAUUGUUUUUAAAUUUAUAAAAAAUUAUAUUUUUGUAA